AUGUUCACCUUUACCACAGUGUGCCACAAAACCAGUGAUACGCAUCAUCCUCUUGUGAUGCUCCAGACGAGAGAGGGCUCCAAGUACCUUUUUGGGAAAGUCCCUGAAGGAGCGCAAAGAACGCUUAAUGAAAACGGCAUGAGGCUAGGGAAGCUCAGAUCAGUCUUUAUGACAGGCAACUUGCAGUACUGGUCGGAAAUCGGCGGCCUUCCGGGGUUGUUCUUAACCACUAGUGAUGCUACGAGUCGUGGCCUAGAUGUAUUCACCAAUAGCAGCAAAGUGCUCUCUUACAUUGUGGCAACAUGGAGAUACUUCGUGUUUCGAAAGGGCAUUGAGCUCAACAUCUUGGAGCCUCCAAAAGGGCACUUGAUAGGCGAUUCCUCGGUUAUGAUACUCCCUGUAAAGAUACCCAGUAGCAUACAGAGUCAGCCUGUGAAUGAAGAUAUUCUGGCAAAGUUUCAAAGCCAGCUACGCAAGAUUACGUCCCUCAUGUUUCCUAGAGACACAUCUCAAGUAAACAGCGAUGAUCCUGAUUCUUACAAAUCAGAUCCUUCGGAAACCGAGGUCCAAACUCACGUUUCUCUUCCCGACCCUACAGACAAUUUGGGUGUGGUGGACCAGCCGUCGCUUUCGUACAUUGUGAGACUUCUACCUGUGAGGGGUAAGUUUAAUCCAAAGAGAGCCGUAGAGCUUGGUGUUAAGCCUGGAAUAGCAUUUCGUCAACUCACUCAGGGUGAACGAAUUCAAACUCAAGAGGGGAGGUGGGUUGAGCCCGCAGAGGUGCUAGAGCCUCCAAAAGAAUUUCUUAAAACCGUGUUUUUAGAUAUUCCUAAUCAGCACUAUCUUCAUAAUACUAUCACAAGUGAUGCGUGGUUUGCUAAGUCUGAAGAGAAUGGUAACGAGGACGUGGGUCUAGUGUACCAUUUUUUAGGUGACGAUAUUGACUUCCGCCUGCAGCAGUACGCGGACUUUAUUUCGAAAUUCCCUUCACACUGCAAGCAUGUUAUAAGUCAUGCAGAUUACUCGGACAACUCUCUAGUGUUCACCACAUCCACUAUCCAUCAUUUAAAACUUAAAACGUACCUCAACGACAAUUUUUGUCUUCCGCAUAUUGCUUAUAAAGAGCUGCCUGAGGAGAACUUGCAUAAGCUCAAACUGCUUCAAUCAUUCACGGUAUCUCCAUCAGAAAUUGCAAAUGACGAGUCCAAUGUCAUCAAUGAGACCUGGUCUACAUUAUAUGAAAAGCACGUUGCUUCAUUAAAUGAUGAUCCUGUCUCUUUGAACUCUUUGUUAAAGAAAGCUAUUAUACCCCUAUCUCCUUUGCAAGAAGCCUCGUGUUUGAAAGACCACGUCCAGGUUUUCACCCUAGGAACAGGUUCGGCACUUCCAGCCAUUCACAGAAAUGUACUUUCGAACUUAGUGAGAGUUCCCUACAUCGAUGAUACUACUGGUGAGAUUCGCUUCAAUUCGAUCAUCCUCGAUGGUGGAGAGAAUACGUUGGGUACUAUGCUUAGAAUUUUUGGUCACAAUGAUGGAGAGCAAUAUAGGCAGAUCUUCAAGGAGCUCAAACUCAUUUAUUUGAGUCAUUUACAUGCUGACCACCACCUUGGCCUUGUCUCUUUGAUUAAUGCUUGGUUUGCCGUCAACAAAGAGACCGACACCAAGUUAUACCUAGUCUUGCCUUGGCAAUUCGACCAUUUCCUCAAUGAGUGGUUCAAAUUUGAAGGCAACUUCACGCAAAUUGACAGAAGCCGACUUGUUUAUCUCAGUAAUGAGGUCUUCAAUGCUCGCAGAGAGGCGGAGUUCCAACAACAAGAUAUCGAGUCGUUUGAGCACAUGUACGACUGUGGACAAUUGAGUACCCGUAUACCGAGAAAGAACUUGGGAUCUCUUCCCCAUGCGGAGAUCCAGGAGCUUUACAAGGCCCUCAAUUUGGUGAAUAUUGAAACCGUUCGUGCAAUUCAUUGCUACUGGGCUUAUUCUGUGACCAUGACUUUCUCAGUGUCAUCAGACGAAACCUUCAGAUUGUCGUUUUCAGGCGAUACCCGACCAAAUCCAGCAUUUUACAGAAGCGGUAUGGACACAGAUCUUUUAAUCCAUGAGGCAUCGCUUGACGACGAUUUAAUUGAAGAGGCACUCGCCAAGAAGCACACCACUUCCACUGAAGCCAUGAGAAUGGCACAACUCAUGAGAUGCCCUAAGGUGCUCUUAACUCACUUCAGUACAAGAAAUUCGGAAAGACACGCGUUCGUACAAAGCGAAGAGCAGUACGAGAAGCAAUGUCAGUCUCUCAAUGAGUAUUUGGGCAGUGCUGUUGAGAACAUCAUAGCGCACGAUGUUGAUCCAGACUUCGGCUUUAACGAUAUGGAAAUUUGCUACGCUUACGACACAAUGGCGGUACGCUACAGAGAUAUGGGUUGUCAGAAAGCGCACUACGAGGAUAUUUUGGCCCUUUCACCCAAGGAUCAGCCUGAAGAAAGGCAGCUCAAAGAGCAGAUGAAGAUGUACGACAAGAGACAACAGAAGAGAGAGAAGAGGCUUCUGUACAAGAAGAUGAAGAUGCAAAAUAGAGAUUCAUCAUAG